GAGAGAGGCAGACGAGUUGGAUAUACACAGCUGGGGAGCAGUUGAAUACAGCACGAGGAGCAAGGCCUACAGCACUUGGCUUCAGGAGAGAGGCAGUGAGAAAUCCAAGAGCGCCCUGAUUUGAAAAAAAGUGAACAGCGACAUCACAGAAAAGUCAUAAGGUGUUUGGCCGAAACGCCCGAAUGCCCAGAUUUUCUCAAAGCAAAGAAUGAAUAACACAAGCAACGUGGAGAAUAAUUCAUCAUGUGAGAGCAUUUACAACUUCAAAGCUAGCAUCUAUGUACCAUCAUAUAUCAUUAUAUUUAUUUUUGGAUUUACUGAGAACCUAUUCUGUUUAUAUGUGUUUCUGAAGUUAUACAAGAAAAAGACGGCAUUCAGCAUUGUCAUGGUGAACCUGGCGAUAUCAGAUUUGCUCUUUGUGUGCACUUUGCCCUGGCGCGUGCACUAUUAUUCAGAAAAUAUUUGGAAACAUUCACAUUCCUUGUGCAUAUUCCUGACUUAUGCCCUGUACCUCAACAUGUACUGCAGCAUCUACUUUCUGACUCUGAUAAGCAUAUUGCGCUACUUCGCUAUAGUGCAUCCAAUUACAUGUUUGAAGUUUAGAAGUGUCAAAUGUGUGCAAAUCAUAUGCAUUGCAAUAUGGAUGUUUGUUGGAAUAGCAGCCAUUCCUUUUCUGUCACUUGAAAAUAAGAAAAAACGAUGCUUUGAAUUCAAUGACAGCACUGCUGUCAUAUUUACCAUGAAUUUAUUUUCCCUGGUAUUGGGUUUCAUUAUUCCCUUCUUUAUUUUCAAUACCUGCUACAUACUUGUCAUUAAGACCUUGCUAACUUCAGAGGCAAAUCAUCACAAUCAAAAGAGCUCCAGAAGUAAAGCUAUUGUCAGGAUUAUUGUUGUAAUGGUUAUAUUUAUAACUGGAUUUCCGGUCUAUCAUGUUCUACGAACUGUCUACCUUGCCGAAAUCCAGAACAAGAGCAAUCCAGUACAAGUCAGCUGUUUUGUUCAGAAAAGUGCCGUGGUUACCCUGUGUCAGGUAGUGAUGAAUCCCUGUUUGGACCCUGUUUUCUAUUACUUUGCAGCAGAGAGCUUCAGGGACAAGCUGAGAAGCACGGUCAAGAACACAUUCAAAGGCUGUCCUGCCCUGAUGCAUCAAAACUGAUCCCCUCCUGCAAUUUUUUUGCACAUCCAAUUAUUAUCAUUUAAGACUGUUGGGAGUGCAGGAUUUUUACUCUUGUUCAGGAUACAAAAGGUUGAAGAUCAAGUGUGACAUUGUAUUUAUCUUCCAACAUUAAAUAAUUUAACUUGACUUACAGACAUGGAAGUUGUCACCUCACAGAAAGUAAUAGACCCUAAUGCAACCUUUUUUCUAUUGAGUACAAUCCCAUACUGAAAGAUUAUUCAGGUCCUUUUUGUCUUUGCAGAAUACGAAGGCUCCUUUCUUAUACCAUCUUGUGUUAUAAAAGUAUAAUCAUUUUCAUAAUAUCAUUGUAAUUUAUUGUAAAAGUAGGUGAAUAGUGAAGUUUGGAUAUUUUCUGUGUGUGUGUGAGUGAUUUAAUUGAAUUGGAGGCAGCUGGUCUGGAGGAUUGGGAGUAUCAAAAGAAGUUAGGUAGAGAGGGUUUGAAAUGCUAACUACAUGAGCAUGAAGUUUUAGAAUGUAAGGUAUGAGGAGAAUUUGCAUCUUUAGAUAAAUUGGGGCAGUUUGAAUUUCAAAGAGAUAGUAAGAUGUUUACACCUAGCCAGAGAAGUUAGGUCAAGCAGUGUGUUUAUUUUUCCCAAAGGUUACUGACAAUAUUAGUGCCAUGAAAAUUUUUAUAUUUUUGGGAAGUACAUUUUCAAAGACAUGUGGAACAAAGAAAAUUACAGUUUAAGGAGAAAAAAUGUGUAUAAAGGAGAAUGAAAAGCUCUGUGGAGAGGCCCUGUGACAUCUAGCAGAAGCUUAUGAAACAGCCUCAGCAAAGCCUUUAGUCAUGUUUGCAUGAGUCUGCUGCAUUCAGCCCUUAAAGAUAAUAACUGUGCUGGCCUGUCUUUUUAACUUUAAAAUCUAUUUUGGACUGUUGCCUUACAAGGGGUGUAUUUGGGAGUCAGGUUAGGUAGGAAUUUUAGUGUUUACUAUAAUUCCAGUAACUAGAAUCUUAUGUAUAUGUUUGGCGUGUUUUCUUUUCUUAAUAAAUAUCUUAAUUUCAAAAUUUAAAA